GCUUGCCUCCUCCUGGGCUCCUUCCUUCUCUCCCUCUGGCUCUGGGCCUGGGAACGGGGAAGGGCUCCGGGACUGUUCCGCCCCCGGCUCUGCGGCUGCCAAGGCGGGACAGCCCAGCGCCCUUCCUGCCUGCCUGCCUGCCUGCCUGCUCAGCAUGGCCGGAGGAGAGGCGGCCGGAGCCGGAGGGGGCUGAGCCGGGGCGGAGAACCCAAGCAGACCCGGCAUGGCCCGCUGGAUCCCCACCAAGCGGGAGAAGUACGGCGUCGCCAUCUACAACUAUAAUGCUGCCCAAGAUGUGGAGCUUUCUUUGCAGGUUGGCGACACAGUUCACAUUCUGGAGAUGUAUGAAGAUUGGUACAGAGGAUAUACGCUCCGGAACAAAUCCAAAAAGGGCAUCUUCCCAUCAACAUACAUCCAUUUGAAAGAGGCAACGGUGCAAGAUGGUGGGCAACAUGAAAUAGUCAUUCCAAAUGAACUACCUUUGGUCCAGGAACUCACCUCUACGCUAUGGGAAUGGGCAGUUAUUUGGCACAGGCUCUAUGUGGAGAACAAGAAGACACUCUUCCGCCAUGUGCAGCAGAUGACCUAUGGCCUGAUUGAAUGGCGGUCCCAGAUCAUCUCCGGAACGCUUCCCAAAGAUGAACUGGCUGAGCUCAAGAAGAAAGUCACAGCCAAAAUCGACUAUGGCAACAGGAUAUUGGGGCUGGACUUGGUAGUGAGAGAUGAUAAUGGGAACAUUCUGGAUCCUGAUGCCACCAGCACGAUAGCGCUCUUUAGGGCACAUGAGACAGCCUCCAAAAGAAUCGAGGAAAGGAUCCAGGAAGAAAAGUCUCUUCAGCAGAACGUAGACCUGCGGGGACAGUCUAUCUUCAACACUACUCACACGUACAGCCUGUAUGUCAACUUCAAAAAUUUUGUCUGCAACAUUGGUGAGGAUGCGGAGCUGCUUAUGAGUCUCUAUGAUCCUGACCAAUCCAAGUUCAUUAGUGAAAACUACCUGAUUCGUUGGGGAAGUAAUGGAAUGCCAAAGGAAAUUGAAAAACUUAACAACCUUCAAGCUGUCUUUACGGACCUCAGCAGUUCUGACCUGAUCCGACCUCGAAUUAGCCUGGUGUGUCAGAUUGUGAGAGUGGGUCACAUGGAGCUGAAAGAGGGCAAGAAACACACCUUUGGCCUCCGGAGACCCUUUGGAGUAGCAGUGAUGGACAUCACAGAUAUCAUUCAUGGGAAAGUGGAUGAUGAAGAUAAACAACAUUUUAUUCCCUUUCAGCAGAUUGCCAUGGAGACAUACAUCAGACAGCGGCAAUUAAUCAUGGCCCCUUUAAUAACUUCCCACGUGAUUGGAGAGAAUGAGCCCCUCACGUCUGUCUUCAACAAAGUCAUUGCUGCCAAGGAAGUGAAUCACAAAGGGCAAGGCCUUUGGGUUUCUUUGAAGCUUCUACCUGGGGAUUUAGCCCAGGUUCAGAAGGACUUUUCUCAUCUUGUUGACAGAUCAACAGCUGUGGCCCGUAAAAUGGGAUUCCCAGAGAUUAUUCUGCCUGGUGAAGUUCGAAAUGAUAUUUACAUCACUUUGCUGAACGGAGAGUUUGACAAAGGGAAAAAGAAGACACCUAAGAAUGUAGAAGUCACCAUGUCUGUUCAUGAUGAAGAUGGCAAUCUCUUAGAGAAAGCUAUCCAUCCAGGUGCCGGUUAUGAAGGUAUCUCAGAAUACAAGUCGGUUGUCUACUAUCAAGUCAAGCAGCCUUGUUGGUACGAAACUGUAAAGGUGUCCAUUGAAAUAAAAGAAGUUGGACACUACCACCUAAGAUUUACUUUCCGUCAUCGAUCAUCACAGGAAUCAAGAGAUAAAUCUGAAAGGGCUUUUGGAAUGUCAUUUGUGAAGCUGAUCAAUGCAGAUGGCACCACGCUACGGGACGGCAAGCAUAAUUUAAUAGUCUACAAGGGUGAGAACAAGAAAAUGGAAGAUGCCAAGUUUUACUUGACACUUCCUAGCACCAAGGUGGAAAUGGAGGACAGGGAUGGUCUGCUUGCCAAACAUCCAGCAACUAACUUUACUGCAACCAAAGAAAGUACAAAGGAUAGUUUCCAGAUUGCAACACUCAUCUGUUCUACAAAGUUGACACAAAAUGUUGACCUGCUGGGUUUGCUGAACUGGCGCUCAAAUUCCCAGAACAUUGGCCACAAUCUGAAGAAGCUCAUGGAGGUAGAAGGAGGAGAAAUUGUCAAGUUCUUACAAGAUACACUGGAUGCACUUUUCAGCAUAAUGAUGGAAAUGUCUGACAACGAAUCGUAUGAUUUCCUUGUGUUUGAUGCACUGGUAUUUAUUAUUUCCCUGAUUGGAGAUAUCAAGUUUCAGCAUUUCAAUCCUGUACUGGAAACAUAUAUUUACAAGCACUUUAGUGCCACAUUGGCUUAUUUAAAACUCACUAAAGUCCUGAACUAUUAUGUUGGAAAUGCGGAUGAUUCCAGCAAGACAGAAUUGCUGUUUGCUGCUCUGAAAGCAUUGAAAUAUCUUUCCCGGUUCAUAGUUCAGUCAAGGGUGCUUUAUCUGGGAUUUUAUGGCAAAAGUGAAGACGGUAAUGAGUUCAACAAUGCCAUCCGCAAGCUUUUCCUCUCCUUUAACGUCCUCAUGGACCGGCCACUUGAGGAGGCUGUUAAGAUCAAGGGUGCUGCUUUAAAAUAUUUGCCAAGCAUAAUCAAUGAUGUCAAACUGGUCUUUGAUCCAGUGGAACUCAGUGUCCUGUUCAGCAAAUUCAUCCAAAGCAUCCCUGAUAACCAACUUGUCCGUCAGAAACUCAAUUGCAUGACCAAGGUUGUGGACAGUGAUCUGUUCCAUCAAGCGGAGUGCCGUGAUGUUCUGUUACCGCUCUUUGUUGAUCAGUUAAGUGGGCAGCUGGAUGAUAAUUUCAACAAGCCUGAUCAUGAAGCCUGUUCACAGCUGCUUAGCAAUAUUCUGGAAGUUUUGGAUCGUAAGGAAGUGGGCCCUACCGCCGCUCACAUUCAGCUCAUCAUGGACCGUCUGCUGAGAAGAAUAAACCGGACGGUGAUUGGAAUGAGCAGACAGUCUCCACAUAUUGGUAGCUUUGUUGCCUGCAUGAUGGCCAUCUUGAAACAAAUGGACGAUGCUCAUUACAACCACUACAUCAGCACUUUCAAAACAAGACAAGAUCUUAUUGAUUUCCUGAUGGAAACCUUCAUUAUGUUUAAAGACCUGAUUGGGAAGAAUGUCUAUGCGAAUGACUGGAUGGUCAUGAACAUGAUGCAGAGCAGGAUUUUUCUUCGAGCCAUAAACCAAUACACUUCUGUGCUCAACCGGUGCUUUUUGGACCAGGCAAGCUUUGAACUGCAGCUCUGGAAUAAUUACUUUCACUUGGCAGUCGCCUUUCUCACUCAUGGGUCCCUCCAGUUGGAGACUUUCUCCCAGGCAAAACGGAACAAGAUAGUCAAGAAAUAUGGGGACAUGAGGAAGGACAUUGGCUUCAAGAUCAGGGACAUGUGGUACAACCUCGGGCCUCACAAGAUCAAGUUCAUCCCUUCCAUGGUAGGACCAAUCCUGGAGGUGACCUUGACGCCAGAGCCUGAAUUGCGCAAGGCGACAAUCCCGAUCUUUUUUGACAUGAUGCAGUGUGAAUUCACCUUCAGUGGCAACAGGAAUUUCCACAUGUUUGAAGAUGAGCUAAUAACUAAACUGGAUCAAGAAGUUGAAGGUGGCCGAGGGGAUGAACAAUACAAGAUUUUGCUGGAGAAACUCCUGCUGGAGCACUGUCGGAAGCAUAAAUACCUCUCAAGCUCAGGUGAAGUGUUUGCCCUGUUGGUUAGCAGCCUGUUAGAAAACCUGUUGGAUUACCGGGCGUUCAUGCAUGACGGCAGCAGAGAAAACCGCAUGAGUUGCACUGUGAAUGUCCUGAAUUUUUAUAAAGAAAAGAAGAGAGAGGACAUAUACAUUAGGUAUUUGUAUAAACUCCGGGACCUGCAUACAGCCUCUGAAAAUUUUACCGAGGCAGCAUACACACUUCUCCUUCAUGCAGAAUUGCUUCAGUGGUCUGACAAGCCGUGUGCUCCACAUCUGCUCCAGAGGGACAGCUACUAUGUCUAUUCACAGCUGGAGCUCAAGGAGAAACUCUAUGAAGAAAUCAUUGCUUUCUUCAACAAAGGCAAGAUGUGGGAGAAAGCCAUCCAACUGAGCAAGGAACUAGCUGAGAUGUAUGAAAACAAAGUUUUUGAUUACGAGAGGCUUGGCAAUCUCUUGAAAAAAAGAGCCACAUUCUAUGAGAACAUCAUGAAGGCCAUGCGACCUCAACCAGAGUAUUUUGCCGUUGGGUAUUUUGGACACGGAUUCCCCUCCUUCCUCCGUAACAAGAUCUUCAUCUACCGUGGGAAGGAAUAUGAAAGGAGGGAAGAUUUCAAUCUGAAAUUACUAACCCAGUUCCCAAAUGCUGAGAAGCUGAGCAGUACCGCUCCACCAACAGAAGAAAUCAAAGCCUCACUUAAGCAGUACGUACAGUGUUUCAUCGUUAAACCUGUGAUGAACCUCCCACCAAACCUCAAGGACAAGCCUGUUCCAGAGCAGAUUCUAAAUUUCUAUAGGGCCAAUGAAGUGCAACAAUUCCAAUAUUCCCGCCCCUUCCGGAAAGGAGAAAAAGAUCCAGAGAAUGAAUUUGCAACAAUGUGGAUCGAGAGGACCACCUACACAACUGCCUAUUCAUUCCCAGGAAUUCUCAAAUGGUUUGAGGUGAAACAAGUUUCAGUGGAGGAAAUCAGCCCUUUGGAGAAUGCCAUCGAAACCAUGGAGUUGACCAAUGAGAAGAUCAGCAACUGUGUGCAGCAACACACCUGGGAUCGGACCUUGCCUGUGCACCCCCUUUCCAUGCUGUUGAAUGGCAUUGUGGAUCCAGCUGUCAUGGGAGGAUACAACAACUAUGAGAAGGCCUUUUUCACAGAUAAAUAUAUUCAAGAACACCCUGAAGAUCAAGAAAAGAUCGAACAGCUCAAGCAAUUAAUUGCUCUACAGAUGCCUUUGUUGGCUGAAGGGAUCAGGAUUCACGGGAAGAGACUGACAGAACAACUGAAGCCUCUUCAUGACCGACUGACCUCUUGUUUCAAGGAGCUGAGGGAAAAAGUGGAGAAGCUCUACGGUGUAGUAACCCUACCUUCUUCACUGAUAGAGAGAAAACAGAGUAGGUCUGGGUUGGUGGUGUUGCCAUACAUCAUGUCUUCCACUUUGAGGAGACUCUCCGUUGCCUCAGUGACUUCCUCUGUGGGAUCAACCUCGUCUACCUCUUCAGACAGUACUUCCUCCAGACCAGGGUCAGAUGGAUCUAUCCUUGAACCCCUUGUGGAAAGGAGGAGUUCAGCAUCCUCCAGGAUGGAUGAUCUCUUUACCAAAGAGGAUGGUGAGAACCAGACGAGUAAAUUCAGGCGGAAGAACUGGAGCCUCAGCAAAUCUCAGGUUAUGGUGGAGAAGGAGUCCGAGGCAGAAUUGGCAUCCAAAAUGAACACAUCAGGAAAAACACUGAGGCCAAAGAGUCUCCAACUGGGAGAGAGCAGACUGACGCUUCUUCAGGGCUCGUUGCUCCAACAAACCAUCCCUCUGAGCCCACCGCCCAUCACUCCCAAAACGCCAAGAACCCAAAGUUUCCCUUCUUUGCAAACAGAAGGAUUAGCAACCAUUCUUUCGCAGAGCACUCCACCCCCACCUCCACCCAAAUCCAAACCCUAUGAGAAUAGCAACUCUAGGAACUCCACAGAGGUUGCUCCACCUUUGCCCACCAGGCGGGAAGUCAAGCCUCCUCCUCCUCCUCCCAAAGCCAGGAAAUCCAGUGUUGUUUCUUCAGACUCGGGAUUGCAAUGACAAUUCCACAAUGACCAGCCCCUCCCCUUGGACCUAUUCUGCAGUCCUGUUUUCCAUGUAUAUGUUCCUAGGUAUUUUUCCUCCCUGGAUUUCCUUAUUAUUUCCUGCUGCUGUACAGAUGAACAGUUUUGUCCAGAUGUUCUCUUGGGCCGUGACCAAAACAAGCCAUCUAAACUGUUAAUGGUGCUUCUGAACUUGAGUUUCGACUUCUGAGUUUCCUGGUUGCAAGCCAAGACAGCAGGCCUUCUGGCCUUCUCCCAGAACUACGCAUCUGCAUGGUCAACUGUUGGGAGUAAUACCAAGAGUUUCCUUGUUAUACAUCCAUUGGAACAGCAUCACUAAAGUUCUUCUCCUUAGGGAAUUCUCUUGAUGGUUAAAAUUGGACUUGCCCUUUAAACAGUGGUCUGCACGACGCUGCGAAAGGUGGCCAUGAAUUUACAUGAACAGUUCAUCCCUAUUCAACUGUAUCUGGGGAAAAGGAAUGAAAAGAAGAGCCUGGCAAAAGACAAGACAUGAAUCUACACAGUGAAUCUGAGCUCAUACGCAGUAAGGGUGGGGAUGUCUGUCAGUGUCACUUUUUCCUACAAGUUCCUUUAAUGGGAAACAUGACAAACUUUGAGAAUGCUCAUCACUUCUGGACUAAAAUGGAAUUGUCCUCCAUCUGCACCAGCCAAAUUCAGUCCUACCACUGUUCCCACCAGAAGAGGGUCAUGUUAUAUCUGCCUUACCAUUCUUAAGGAUGAUGUGGUCCAUUAUCUCAGACCAAAGAAAUUGAGUUCAAGUUUAGCCUAGGAAUUUAUAUAUAGAUUUAAAGAAUUAGAGACUUGAAGCCUUCAGCCUGGAUAAACAAGUACCUCUGUCUGGUUUUUUUUUUUAUUUCUCCCAUUUCUUAAAAAAAAUAAUCACAAGUUCUUUCUGUCCUGAUUUUUAAUUUUUUUAAUUAAAACAAUGACUUUCCCUUCCUGGUCUUCGGAGAUUUUGGAUCUUGAACUGGUGAUCUUGAACUCUGAGGCUGGACCAUGGUACAUGAGCUGCCAUGGACUGCAUGUUUUUGGUACAGAACCAUUUUCCAGACACACAAGAGACUAUAACUAAACAAUACUGGUCCCUGCAACUAGUCAGCACUGAGAAGUGUUGCCUUAGUAUGAGGAUUCAAAGCUGAAACGUCUGCCUUUGUCUGCCUAACUUCUCCAGGCCUCAGAAAUGUUGCUUUUGGAGUAUAGCUUGAAAAGUUUCAAAGAGAUUUCUGGUAGUAGUUGUCCAAAAAAGUAUUUAUUUCAAGUUCUGCUUUUGUUUGCAGCAAUAACUACUGAUCACAGCAAGUCUUCAUCAGAAGGUUUGGAUCCAGAUAUUACUCCUGACAUCUCUGGACUGACCUUGACCAGUCCAAGCAACUUUGCUAGUGAGAAAACUAUUGCUUUGCUUUGCCAAAGAAAUUGAAUGUUUCUUCAGAAGAUGUCUGGUACCUGUUGAUGGAGAAAAAGACAAGAUCUCCUGAAUUGAAUUAACUUAUCUUAAAGGUCUCAAGAGUUUGAUGGCAUUGUAACUGAUGCCAUCAAUUCCUCGUUGUGUUUUCUACUCAUCUAGAUUUUGGAUAUAGACAGGAUUGGGUACAUCACAACCACUUUUCCCCAUCUUGAAAUCGUUGGUUUACAUUCCCUUGUGUAAUAAUGUGUUGCCUUAAGACUGACCUAAAGGUAUGAUUUCUCUGCUGAAUUCAGAAGAUAGAUUUGUGCAUGAUGGUGUUUCUUGGCCUCCAAAACCAAUAUUCAUAAACAAGCCCUUUCCUCGGCUAAAAUGUCACAUUGAUCUCUUCUAAGAUAACAUGAAUACAUAGCCUCAUGUAAUUCCCAGGGCAAGAAUCAACUUGUGUGUCUUUCUCAUUAACAGCUUUUGCCAUCUGGACCACAUUGUGAUGUUGCUUGUCCACACAGGCCCCAGUUUUCAUUUGUGAAAUAUUAGAAAAUAUGUAUCCUCUAGCUAUAUGUUCCAAGACUUCUUUAACCAGGGCUUUUCAUCGUUAGUUGAGUUACUUGCUCCUUGGUUGCUAUUUGUAGGAAGCUUUUACUAAUACUCAGUUCCAAGAGUAUAGAUUACCCUUCAAAAUGUCAAAAUAAUGCCAUUUAAUAGGUUCAUGUGAAGCUUCGAAAUGAUCUGAUUCAGUUUCACUUGCUGAUCUUCAUUGCCAAGUGGAGGUUGGACUCCAUCACUCUCAUCCAAAUCAUAAGUAACCGUAACUCAGUAGAAUAGCAUCUGCAUUGUAUGCAGAAGAUUUGGUGUUUAUUAUUCAGUUAUCUACAGAGAAUGACCAUUUAGAACUGAGCAAAUGAGACAGAUUUCUGCAUGAUAUCCCCAGAGAACUACAGGCAGUUCCCAAGUUACAAACAUCCAACCUACAUAUGUCGUAUAGUUAAGAACAGGAAGUGAGUGAAAUUACCCCUUAGAAGGGAAAUUCAUUCCUGUAAGAGUUGUUAUCAUGGGGAAAAAGUGUCUCCACUGAAGCUUUAUCACCAAUCCUUGUUUCCACAACAAGCCAAAAUUUUAACAAUCCAAUUCUCAUAAAGGCAGAAAGUAUGUAAGUAAAGCACCCUAUCCACAGAACAAUAGGAGUAUUUACUUUUAACCCCUAGAUUGCAUCCAUAUUUUGAUUUAUUGAUAUAAUUCUGAGCAGUUUCCUUCCUUUGUAUACAACAUAAAGCCAGGCUGUUUCUCACACUGUAUAUAUCGCCUUACUGAAUGUAAGCAAUUGCCUUUGUAAAGUCAAAAGCGAUUUCUUUACACUUUUUGCUGCUUUCAUGGGUUGAGUGUACUCCAUCUCAACUUUUCAAGCAAAUCCCAGCAGUUUUUUUUCCUGACCUUGAAUCAAAUCCACCUUCCUUUCAUUGCCCAGAUGGCUCCAGGAAACAGAUUGUGAACAUUGAGUUAGGACGGGAUAGAAGAUCACCAUCAAUUUCCAUCAGAGAACAGGCUGGAGAUGUUCUCCAAGUCUCCCAGCAGUCCCAAUUCGUACAUGUGCCUCCAGCUGUGCACUAGUUAUGGCCUGUGCAAAAGUCUUUAGAGCUUCCGUCUUCUCCCGGCCCCAGUGGGGAAAACUUAGUGAAUCUUUUGGGAAUAUUUCAGUCAGUUUCACUUUUUUUGAAGGGAGGCAUAGCAGAUGGCAUGGGUUCCAUAUUGAUGUGUUUUGUAUCUUGACUUGGAAUCCUCUAGUUUCAUUGAUUGCUGGGCAGAAAGAUGAGCAUUGUGAAUUAUCUUUCCAGAAAUGAAGUUCAUUGCCAACUUUGGGAAAGGAUUUUGCUGCACAAUGUAGAGUGUAGCUAUAUUAUACAUGCAAUGGCAGACUCUAAAGGCAAAUCAAGUCGACGGCAACUUUUGUUUAGUUCCGGGACUGUCAUUUGUUUCAACCUGGAAUAGGUUUUAUAUGAGAUGCUUCACUAUGCUGAGUCCUUAUUACAUUUACUUUAGGCAUAUAUAUCAUCACAUAGUCUCAAAUGCCCAUCUCUUAGACAAACAGUGAUAUGUAGCAGCCCCUAAGAGGUACACAAAUCAGAACUAGAAGUUGCCAGAAGUUCAGUUGUUUUGUGUUGUUGAAGGCUUUCAUGGCCAGGAUCACAGGAUUGUUGUAUGUUUUCCAGGCUAUAGGGCCAUGUUCCAGAAGUAUUCUCUCCUGACGUUUCACCCACAUCUAUGGCAGCCAUCCUCAGAGGUUGUGAGGUACAGUAGAGUUUCACUUAUCCAACAUAAACGGGCCGGCAGAAUGUUGGAUAAGCAAAUAUGUUGGAUAAUAAGGAGAGAUUAAGGAGAAGCCUAUUAAACAUCAAAUUAGGUUAUGAUUUUACAAAUUAAGCACCAAAACAUGUUAUACAACAAAUUUGACAGAAAAAGUAGUUCAAUAUGCAGUAAUGCUACGUAGUAAUUACUGUAUUUACGAAUUUAGCUCCAAAAUCACGAUGUAUGGAAAACAUUGACUACAAAAAUGCGUUGGAUAAACCAGAACAUUGGAUAAGCGAGUGUUGGAUAAGUGAGACUCUACUGUAUAUGUUGUUUUGUUGUUUUGUUUUGCUGGCAUGGGGUGAUGCAGGGCUACUCCAAGGUAUUUUUAUUGCCCUUAUUUUAUUGCUUUAAUCUUUUUGAAGCAACAGAGAAACAGGCUAUGCUCCACAACAUUACCCAGAACAUUGUGCUGAAUAGAAUUGCUGCAUUUUAUUCUCAUCUGUAAUUUGUGAUCUUUUAUAGCAUGUGAUAAGGGAAUCAGCUGUGUGCAUUGGGUUGCGCCGUACAAAUGGGAUCUAUCCCAUCUUUCAAAGAAAGUCCACUGGGAUGCACUUCUUGAAUUGCAAAUUAAAUGUAUUCAGGAUACUCAUUUCCUGAUGGCCUUCUAGCUUUCUUUCAAUUGUUCCAUGUGCAAGUGUUUGGUACCGGCCCCACUGUUAGAGACGGACUAUUCGACUCUUCCUAAUAUUUCUCAGGGAGCACCCUCCCAACCAUUCCUUUGGACCAGCCAAGAAAAAUACCUUAGGCCAGCCUUGAAACAAUGCCAAUGCUGGAACUCAACUGGAAGAGAGCCUUCCAGAGAUGUUCUACAGUCCAAAAGAUGUUGUUAAAUGUUAAGUGUUAACUAUGUCCCCCCCCCCUUUAUCUCCUCACUGACUCGCAUUAUGGCUCCUAUUGAUCUACCCUUCGAUGAUUAAAACUUUUAUUUUCAGUACAGAAUUUAUUGCAUCAGACUCACUGCCUUAUUUAUUUUUAUAACUGUAAAUGGAGAUAUUAAACAAUUGAUUGUC